AUGCAACAGUCAUACGUCUUGGUUACUGGCGCAACGGGCUUGAUCGGAGCCCACGUAGUGGACAAACUCCUUCAAUCGGGAACCCGGGUAAGGAUCGUGGUCAGGUCGAAGGAGAAGGCCGAUGUGUUCCUUGCGAGCAGGAGAGAGCACAGCGACAAGCUGGACGUGGUUUUCAUACAAGAUCUGACGGACCCGGGGGCGUUUGACAGCGCUGUACAAGAUGUAACAGGAGUCAUCCACCUGGCAAGUCCUCUCAGAUACGACUGCGAAGACAACGAGCAAGCCUUGAUCAUCCCUGCAAUUCAGGGGGUCCGCUCUAUCCUUCGCGCGAGCUUGAAUUCUCAGGUCAAACGCGUUGUCCUCACGUCCUCCUUUGGAUCUGUGAUGGAUCUGUCUAGGCCCGAGGAGGCACCCUGGAAAUACACCUCCGACGAUUGGAAUCCCAUUACGUACGCUGAGGCCACAUCGCCACACGCAUCGGCGCGCGAGGCAUACAGAGGGUCCAAGACACUCGCAGAACAGGAAGCCUGGAAGCUCAUGAGCGAAGAAAACCCGCGAUUCGACCUGGUAACGCUUUGCCCGUCCAUGGUGUUUGGGCCAUUGGCACGAAGUCCUCGAUCGUUGGACGACCUGAACGAGUCCAACAAGAUGCUGUGGAAUGUAGCCAGUGGAUCUGUCUCCGAGGAGCUUCCCCCCUGCCAGUUCAAUUUCUGGAUUGACGUUCGCAACUUGGCAGACAUUCAUAUACAGGCUCUCCGUACGCCGGCCGCUGGGGGGAAGAGGUACAUUCCAGUGGCAAGGGAGCCCUUUACAUACCAAAUAGCUUCGGGUAUUAUGCAAGGCAAGUUGCCAUAUCUACAGGGAAAGAUUCCGACGGGGAUGCAGGCUAUCAAAAGGCAUAUUGAAGUCGAUCAGGGGCCGAUAGUAAGGGACUUUCCCGGCAUCGAGUAUACGCCGUUUAAGGAAACAGUCUCUGAUUUUGUCGGUCAGUUCGGGCCAUUCCUGAAGGAUCGCACUUGA